CGCCUCUUCGGGUGGCGGUGGACUUAGCGGAUGGUUGACCGCGGAGAGGAAAAGGCUUCGUAGGCGAGUCCCUCUCCCCCGCUCCACCCUCGCCGCCGCGCUUUUGUUCGGAGCGCGCACUUUCCACGGCCGCUCGCCUCCUCUCCGUCCGUCUCCGCGCUCGGCGAGUAGCCCGCCGCUGGGCCACGGACGGACGCCCGGACGAAGGCGAAAAAACGCGUGCUCCUCGCGUAACGCAUUUGCCGACCGAGAGCCGCGUUCGCUGGUGCAUGCCCUCCCGCUGAACGCCGCUGCUUGUCCAGGCGAAGUUCGGGUUUCGUCACCCUGCUUGAACUGUUUUCUCGAGCGUGCUCCUGAACUGGAGAGAGCGCGCGCGCAGUUUGUGUGGUGUGGUUCCCCCGCGAGGUUCGGAAGAUACGUGCCGGUGCCGUGUGACUUCUUGGAUAUUUAUCGUCGGCCGGCGCUUUUAAAAAGGGUGUGCUCGAUCACGCUGCUUGUGUGACGGAAGGUGCGACAUCGUCGGCUCUGCAGCACGUCGAAACUGGCGUCUCUACGCAGCUGCCAUCGCGGUCAUCGGAGAUAUAUGCGGCACUAAGCGACGACGAGGUGCGGGUGUGGCUGACCGUCCCCAGCAGCGCGCUCCUCGAGCCGCUGAUGAGCUCGUCGGCGGCGGCGCUCGGAUGCCGCUCGUCCAAGAAGAAGACGGUGCACUUCGCGCUCCCCGGCCGCGUCAUCCGCCCGCUGCAGUGGCGCGACGACGUCAUCUGGGCGCGUGUCGAGCCCAUCAAGGGGCGCCGGCACGCGACCGUCGGUGGCGGCCACCUGUUCCAGCCUCCCUCGUCGGAAACGUCGUCGACCACCGUGAUCACCGCGGAGUGCACCGCCACCCACGUGCACCGGCGCAGCGCGAGCAACUGUUCCUCCGUGGACUCGAAUUACGCCAACGUGUCCUCGCAGGAGGACAAUCAGUCGUCGUCCAGCGGAGACUCCGUCCCAAACAUCGUGAUUCUUACCUGCUCGGGACAACGGUCAAUAGUUCGCAUUGGUUCUGAGUCGACAUCUGUCGACAGCAGUGCUAGUCAGCAGGGCAGCCGCAGUGAUUCCGAUUACCAGAGCAAGAACGACAGUUCUGAGCUGUCGUCGAUGACCGAGGGCUCCCCGCCGACUUCGGCGCGGGGGCCGGAGCAGCGGACGAGCGGCGACGUCGGCGCUGCCCUGGCCUUCUCCCAGCGGCUGCAAUGCACCGAGUGCGUCCAGUGCGCCCUCAUGGAGGACGCCGUGCAGCGUUUGGAGGCCAGCCGACGGGAGGCCGGACUGAAGCUGCGCAGCUACGAAGCGCAGAUCCGCUCGCUGCAGCAGGCCUGCUGCUCGGCGGAGGCGACGCUGCGUGACGAGAAGGCGCUGCACGCCGUGACGCGCCAGGAGCUGGGCCGGGUGCUGGACCGGCUCAGGUUCUACACGGGCUCCAGGACCGCCGUCUCCUCCUCGUCGUCGGCAGCUCUCAAAGACUACAGGGCACUGCGGAAUUCAAAGAACACGUCGCAGAAUCCAUGCCUGAGCUCGGUACAAUGGAACCGGACAUUUCGCAAGAACAGAGCCGGCGUCAAAGUGUGCGAAUCAAAAUGCCAGCACGUUAUCAGCAUCCAGCAGACACGGGGCGCUCACAACUCGGACAUUGGCGUCCAGGUCAACCUCCUCGCAAGGUCAAUCGAUGACCGGCCGAAGCUGUCAGCCAAGAUGCGGUACGGCAUAGCGGCGGUGUUCCAGGACAAGUCGUCCUGCAAGACUCUUCCGUCCAACGCCGGCCGGGGCACGCGCAUCAGCAAGCCCCUGCGCGGCGUCAUCACGGAGCGCGAGGCUGCGCUGGGCAUCCUGAGCCGCGAGGUGAAGUUGCUCCAGGAGGAGCGGGACCACCUGCAGGAGCUGCUGCAGCACUCGCUCCAGGGCGUGGUGCCGCAGCACGCCGCGCACGUCGCCAGGGGCCUGCAGGAGCAGAUCGACUCGCUGAAGGCCGAGAAUCAGCGGCUGCUGGACAGCUACAACGCCGAGAGGGUGCUGAGGAAAAAGUACUACAACAUGGUUGAAGACAUGAAAGGAAAAAUACGGGUUUGCUGUCGUGUGAAACCUCUCACAACAGAUCAACAGAACAAGGACGCGCUCAGCGUGAUUGAUGCCACGGAUGACUACACGUUAGUUGUGCACGCACCGCGAGGGGACAAGGAGUUCACGUUCGACAGGGUGUUUAUGCCGCACCACACGCAAGAAGACGUCUUUGGAGAAACAAACAGCUUGGUGCAGAGUGCUAUGGACGGCUACAACGUGUGCAUCUUCGCCUACGGCCAGACGGGCUCGGGCAAGACGUACACGCUCACCGGAGUAUCCAACACCGAGCAGCUACAGGCCGAAGGCAUCGCACCGCGUGCCUUCCGCAGGAUGUUCGAGCUCGUCAAGGAGAACGAAAUGAAGCAGUCGUUUGUGGUGACAGCGACAUUCGUCGAACUCUACAACGAGCGUUUUGUGGACCUGCUCAAGGCGAACAGCAAUCCGGAGGAAAAGCUCGAGGUUCGCAAGGACUCGAGCGGCCACACGUUCGUGCCUGGCGUGACGACGGAGGAGGUGUCCAACUCGGCGCAGCUGUGCGAGUGCUUCGCGCGCGCCCUGAGGAACAGACGCGUCGCUUGCACGCGCAUGAACGCCCAAAGUUCGCGGUCGCACUUCGUCGCUACGGUCGAGAUCACCAGCACCAACCGCCUGAAUGGAGCCGUUCUUAGGGGAAAGCUAAGUCUCGUUGACCUUGCCGGCAGUGAAAGACUGGAAAAGAGUGGCCUUGAAGGACAGCACAUAAAGGAGACAAACAGCAUCAACAAGUCGCUCUCAGCGCUCGGAGACGUGAUCCAGGCCUUGGUGACGCAGCAGUCGCACGUGCCGUACCGCAACAACAAGCUGACCAUGCUAAUGCAGGACUCCCUGGGCGGCACCGCCAAAACGCUCAUGUUCGUCAAUGUCUCACCCAGUAGCGAGCACGUCGAGGAGACCGUCAACUCGCUGGUAUACGCUACGCGCGUCAGACAAAUCACUAACGACGUCGUAAGGGCAUCUGAAACGAAAGAAAUCGCCAAGCUUAAAUCUGUGAUUGCCAAGCUGAAAAAGGAAAUAUCGCCCUGAAGAACGGUGCACCAUAGCGGCGCAAGCUACAUUGUAAUGGGUGCAUCAUGCAGAAGAGCAGCCAGAGUGCUGUAUUUCAAAAACAAGCUACGAAAACCAUCAAAUGCUAAUGUGCACAUGGCGAAACUCUUCCAUCUUGGACAUCAUCGCGACCACACUGCGGCCAGUCAGAUAACGCCAUUAAGGAAAAAAUGAAGUUGACGCUAUAUUGAUGCAUUCAACGUAGAGCAUCGCACCCGGCGAGGCCUUUGCCACUUUUCACUUUUGCCACUUCGAGGUGCGCUAUGUGUCUACCUCAGUGAAUGAGGUGCAUGAUUUUAGUGCUCACUUGUAACAUUCAAAAUCCUCCUUUUCCUUCACAUUUAGGACUGACGCAUUUGUCUCAUGAAUACAUCUUGAAGGGCUUUAACCGUCUUGCCUGCGCACAUGAGAGUAUCUUGCUUUUGAAAAUGACAUUAAAGAAAAAUAUUGUUUAAUAUAAACAGCCGUUCUUGCAGUGAGCGUGAACUGAGCAGAGGAGUUAGGGAUCGUAAUAAGCACAGAUCUUCCUUCCUCUUGGGCACUUUGUUUCGCAGUUCUUAUUUAUUGCAUCUGUAAUUUCCCAGUACUUUGCAAGCUGUAGAAUGAAAGAUGACAAUAUGAUCUCAGGUCCACAAUGAAACUUCGUGUUAGAUGUUACAAAUUUGUAGUCAUAUUAAAAUGUGAUCGCAA